AUCUACCCAAAGGAAGAUCUUGACUACCUAACAUACACUCACUGAGCGAAAAUACUACGUCUCUCCUUGGCAGACGCUUUCCUCCUCUGCUUUUCUUUUCAACCAUAGAGUCUACUGUCUCUAUCUAGCUGGAGAUUGUCGUGGUGGAGAGUGAGAUCUGCCCGCCGAGCGUGACUGAGACUACUUCAAGACCAUCACUUACCCCGCUAAGUUUAGACGAUUUAAUCUGCUGCUGUGUACCCCGAGCCUUUCACCACACGACAGCCACUCGCGCUUAGAAAACCCUAAACGGCCACUCACGCGUCCUCUGUAUCGCUCGUGUCUCCCUUCUUUUCAUUUCUCGAGGGCUUUUGAGGGUUUCUUGCUUGCUGCUGCUGCUCCUGCCUGCGCCUGCACGACCGAGACCUGUCUGGGGGAAUGGGCCUGCUUGCCAUUGGAACUCCCCUGGAGUGGCCAGAAGCCAAAAAGGUCGCGGGCCAUGUCCGAUCCUGGGGUAUAGAACAAUUGCUUGCCAUCUGGCGAAACGCAAGGGGUAAGGAGCGUGAUGCUCUUCUCUGGGGUGAUGAGGUCGAAUAUCUAGUCGUAGCCUACGAUGACGAACAUCGCAAGGUCCGACUCUCGCUUCGGCAAGCAGACAUCCUAGCGGCUUUGGCUUCCGAUGAGAAACUGCUAAGCCAGGGAGGUGGUGUGCCAGACGUCGAGAGGGGUCCGGUCCACGAGAAUCAGACUACCGCCCCAGUCUUCCAUCCCGAGUUCGGGCGCUUCAUGCUUGAAGCUACGCCCGGAAAGCCAUGGGGAAUCGGCUUCAAAGAUCUUCUAGAUGUGGAGCCGAAUAUGAAGUGGCGACGAAAGAUCGCAAAAGAGCAUAUGGCAUCUGAAGAGUAUCCCAUCACACUGACUACAUUCCCACGGUUGGGCUCACCGGACUGCACUGUACCUUCAUACGAGGUUGCUGGACCCAAGCUUCGGUCUCAUUAUGUCCCUGACGAGAUUGCUAAUCCCCACAUUCGCUUCCCAACUCUAGCUGCCAACAUCCGCUCCCGUCGAGGCAGGAAGGUCGAAAUCAAUGUGCCCGUUUUCAAGGAUGAAAAGACCCAAUGGCCAUGGAAGGAUCCAACAGUGAAUUACGACCUACACCGCUGGCCUGAAGAUGACGAUGUCCGCAAUGGAGCUGCUAAAGCUAACUUCAUCUACAUGGAUGCUAUGGCUUUCGGCAUGGGUAGCUGCUGUCUUCAGAUUACCUUCCAGGCAAAGAAUAUCGAGGAGGGACGUAAGAUGUAUGACCAGCUGAGCCCUCUUGGUCCCAUUUUGCUUGCCUUGACUGCGGCAACUCCGGUCUACAAGGGUUUCCUCGCCGACACCGACGUCCGUUGGAACCAGAUUGGAAAUGCAGUCGAUGACCGCACCCCGGAGGAGCUUGGAGAGAAGCCUCUGAAAAAUGACCGGUGGCGGCUGCCGAAAUCCCGUUACGCCUCAAAUUCGACAUAUAUUUCGCAGGACUCGCGCCUUCGACCAGAGUAUCUCGACCCAAAUCUGAUCGUCGAUGAAGAUCUCAAGAAACGGUUGGUUGAAGGCGGCAUGGAUGAUCUCCUCGCCACGCAUUUCGCCCAUCUCUUCAUCCGAGACCCCAUCGUCGUCUUCGCGGAGGAUCUUGAGGAGCUCGACCUUACCAAAGCCGAUCACUUCGAAAACCUUCAGUCCACCAACUGGCAGCACAUGCGCUUCAAGCCUCCGCCGCCAGGCUCCGAUACGGGCUGGCGAGUCGAGUUCCGCCCGAUGGAGAUCCAGAUCACCGACUUCGAGAAUGCCGCCUUCUCCAUCUUCAUCGUGCUCAUCACCCGCGCGAUCCUCUCCUACGACCUCAACUUCUACAUUCCCAUCACCAAGGUGUCGGAGAACAUGGAGACAGCACACAUCCGGGACGCCGUUUCGACGCAGAAAUUCCACUUCCGCAAGAACCCCUUCUCUUCGCGACCGGUGCCCGCAUCUCAAAGGUCCACAAACGCCAGCGGAACCGCCACCCCCCAGGACGAAACCACAACCAACAACCACGCAUCGACGCCAUCUCGACCCGGCACGCCCCUCGGCCCCGUCGACGACGAAUACGAACUCAUGACCGUCAACGACAUCAUCAACGGGCAGCCGGACGGCGGGUUCCCGGGGCUGAUCCCCCUGGUGGAGAACUACCUCAACAGCAUGAACGUCGACGUCGAGACGCGGUGCGACCUCGCACGCUACCUCGACCUGAUCCGCAAGCGCGCCGACGGCACGCUCUGGACCGCCGCGAAGUGGAUCCGGCAUUUCGUCCAGACGCACGACAAGUAUGCGAAGGACAGCGUCGUUGGCGAGGACAUCACGUUCGAUCUUGUCAAGGCGGCCGAGAGGAUCACGAAGGAGGAAGGUAGAGACGGUUUCGGGGUGGAGAUGCUAGGGAGGAGGAGGUAGAUCUCCCCUUAUCUCCUCGGUCACUCGACGAUUCUCAUCAAACCUUAUCUCCUUUGUCCCCAUUGACGUCGGUGGUAUGUUUUCAAUGCAUAAGGGGGGCGGGCUUUUCAACACCAUAAGAAGUGCAGUGCAUGGGUGCAUAUAUACGUAAAUAGAUCGAAGGAAGUAUGUGGCCCGGAGUAGUGUCUGGCCGACAGGUACACGACGACAACAUAAGUUUCCGUGGAGAUGAUAAUGUAG